AACUCAUAAUCCUCUGAGAGAGAGAAAGAAGAAACAGUUCUUUCUGGUCAUCAGUAAUGGCUGCCAAGUUCUUCACCUUCCUUCUUCUUCUUCUUCAAAUCUCAUGUUCAACGCUCUCAUUUGCAUUGCAAGAGACCUCACCGGCGACGAAUCACACGGGCCAGAUAAAUUCCAACUCGGUCUUGGUGGCUCUGUUGGACUCGCAUUACACUGAGCUUGCCGAGUUGGUGGAGAAGGCUUUGUUAUUGCAGACCCUUGAAGAAGUUGUGGGCAAGCACAAUAUCACCAUUUUCGCUCCCAAAAAUGAAGCUCUGGAGCGGGAUCUCGACCCUGAGUUCAAGCGGUUCUUGCUCGAGCCUGGUAAUCUCAAGUCUCUUCAAACUCUUUUGCUCUAUCACAUUGUGCCCGUUAAGAUCGAUCCGAAAUCGAAUUCGGCGUUAACUCACCACCGGACUUUAUCGAACCACCGAGUCGAACUCAGCGGCGACGAUUCGUCCGGCGUCAAAUUCAUAGGUACGGCUAAACUCAUUACCCCCAAUGCUAUCAACCGUCCCGACGGUGUCAUCCACGGGAUCGAACAGCUCUUAAUCCCCCGAUCAGUACAGCAAGAUUUCAACAACCGUAGAAGCCUCCGUUCAAUCUCCGCCGUCAAACCGGAAGGAGCUCCGGAAGUCGAUCCCAGAACCCACCGCUUGAAAAAACCAGCCCCUCCCGUCAACCCCGGCUCGCCGCCCGUCCUCCCAAUCUACGACGCCAUGGCCCCUGGCCCGUCGCUAGCUCCGGCACCGGCACCGGGACCCGGCGGACCCCACCACCAUUUCAAUGGGAUGAGGCAAGUCAAAGAUUUCAUACAGACCCUGUUACAGUACGGCGGGUACAACGAAAUGGCGGACAUUUUAGUGAACCUAACGUCGCUCGCCACCGAAAUGGGCCGGCUGGUCUCCGAGGGCUACGUUUUAACCGUUUUAGCGCCCAACGACGAGGCAAUGGCGAAGCUAACGACGGACCAGCUGAGCGAACCGGGAGCGCCGGAGCAAAUCAUAUAUUACCAUAUAAUCCCCGAGUACCAGACCGAGGAAAGCAUGUACAAUGCGGUGAGGAGAUUCGGGAAAGUGUCUUACGAUACAUUGAGGUUGCCACAUAAGGUUUUGGCCCAGGAAGCCGAUGGGUCUGUCAGAUUCGGCCAUACCGAUGGAUCUGCGUAUUUGUUCGAUCCCGACAUUUACACCGACGGGAGGAUCUCCGUUCAGGGUAUCGACAGCGUUCUUUUCCCGCCGGAGGAGAAAGCUAAGGAGGAAAAGAAAACCAUCAAAGUUGCCACUGUUAAACCCAGAAGAGGGAAGUUGCUUGAAGUUGCAUGCCGGAUGCUCGAGACGAUCGGACAGGAUUCUCGUUUCACCACCUGCCGACUAUGAACGCAAUAACCGCCGCUUCCCACGCGAUAUACGAAACUUCAUACGACGAAAAAGGUGAACCAGCAUCGCUUAUAAAGUCCUUGAAUGAGAUGUCUCUGCAUUAGGGUUUUAGUUUUCCCUUCUUUUCUUUCUAUAUUCUGUGGUUCAAAAGGAAGCAGAAAGAUCGCCCUGGUUGGUUGUUGAUAUCUACAAGAUUUUUGUAUUCUGUCAAUUUAUGUGUGUAAUAAUACGGUGGUAGUAAUGGUGGCGGUGCGGCGGCGGGGGGGCAAGGAAAGGGGAAAGGGGAAAGACUGAGGGGUGUUAUUGUGUGUAGAUGGAAGUGAAGAAUCCCACCAUGUAGGUAUACCACUUAAUACUAUGAAAAAGAUAUACUAUAUAUGGUUUGAAAAUAUUAAUAUUCACUUGUGAAUACUCCAAAAAUGCUUCAUAUUGACUUUGCAAUUGAAUUUUGAUUGGUCCA